AUGGAUUCUAAUUUGAACUAAGUUAGGUAUAUUAUUCUUAUAAUUAUUAGAGAUAAAAUAUAUGUUAUUGGAAGUAUAAAAAAUAAGGAAGGAAAAAUAAUUGAAAUUAAUUUUGAAAGAGGUAAAAUAGUGAGUACCACUUAAUUUGGAGAUUUCUAUUAAUUUAUUAAUGUUGAAUCAAAAGAGGUUUUAAUUGCAAAGAUUAUAAGAAAGAAUAAAAUAGAUAAGAUUAAAUUUAGAUAAUAAGUAAUGAAGAUUAAAGUAUUUUAGGUGUUAUAAGAGAUUAGAAUUUAUUAGUAGAUAGAGCAUAAAAACUUUCUCAAAUUUUAUGGUACUUUUGAAGAUGAAAAUUUUAUUUAUAUUAUCCUAGAAGAAUAUAUAAAUGUAAUUAUGUGAUUAGAUUAUAGACUCUAAAUGAUUAUUUAUAAGAGAAAGGAUAGUUUAGUGAAAGUGAAACUAAAUAAUUUAUUAUUUAAAUAGUAGAUGCAUUGAAUUAUUUACAUGAAAAUAACAUACUACAUAGAGAGUAUUAAUAAAAAUUUAUAAAGUUUAAAGCUAAGCAAUAUAUAUAUUAGUAAGGAUUAUUAGUUAAAAAUUGGUGGAUUCAAUUAUGCUAUUAGAUUAGAAUAGAAAUAAGAGAGAAGAAAGUCGAUAUGUGGUACUUCUAAAUAUUUGGCACCUGAUAUAUUAGAUAACAAAAAUGGAUAUUCUUUUGAAGUAGAUUUAUGGUAUUUAGGAAUCAUAUUUUAUACAUUAUUAUUUGGUGUACAUCCAUUUGAAGCAUCUGAUAUUAAAAUUGCUUAUUAGAAUAUAAAAGCUAAUAAAUUAGUUUAUAAAGAAGAUGUGAAAAUAUCUGAGAACAUAUAAAAAUUAAUAGAUGAAUUACUUAAUUCAGAUGCUAAUAAAAGAGUUACACUUGAUAUGGUUAUUUAAAUAUUAAAAUGA